UAUUUUUAUGGUGCUAAAUACUUUUAAUUUCAAUAUUACUACUCAAUUUUAUACAUUAAAACAUCUUGAAUAUUAUCCCUUUUCUUACCUAACAUUUUUUUUUUGAAUUCCAGAGGGAGAAGUGGUUAAGAUACUCUUUUUUACAAACGAUAUCCAAAAAUGACAUGACAUUUUGAAUAGUCCAUAAAGUGAUUACAAAAUGUUAUAACUAUAAGGUCAUUAUUUACUCUAGCCACUUCACACUAUUUGUCAAAAUUUCAACUUCAAAUAAAAAAAAAGGUAUAUGGAAGUAGCACAAUAGAUAUUAAAAGGAGGAAAGCAUAAAUAAUAACUGUUGGAAAUGCUCCUGGCCAUCAGUAUGGUAGUGCUCACGCUCACCCCAUACUUCUGGAAAAUAAAUACCCAACAUCCUCGAUAUAAUACCUAAAUUCAAGUACAAUCGUUAUUCAGUCAUCAUUAUCGAACAAUUCGGUAUAUUACCUAACUUUGAUAUUAUAUAAUAAUCAUACAAGAGUUAUUAUACAUUAACAACUUGAAUAACACAUAUAACAAUAGCAUUAAAAAUAACAAAACCAACUAUAACCUAGACCACAUUUUAGAGAUACAGCUUGCCCAGAUGACUGUAAGCAACUGCUUUUGUGAAAUGGAGGAAAGGAUUCUUAACAGGCGCACUUCUCUGCGGUACAAACACUUACAAAGAUAGUCUGCCGAUAUUCCACUCCUCAACUUGUAAGACUGCUCGCCAACAACUUUCUAUCUCAUAUUCAACGCCAUUUUCAAAUGAUCGGAUUUUGAAAAAAUAGCAUACUAGGAGGCCAACUGGCCUAUAUAAGAAACAUUAAAAUAAAUUAAAUUAUAAAUAUCAAAUAUAACCGAAGGAAAGAAAGGAAAACUUGUAUAAAUUGAAACUUAUAUAAAUUAAAAGAAUAAAGAAAUAAAAAUAAUGGUCAACUUACAGAUUUAAUGAAGGAUAUAGACAACGAUGGAUGCAACUUUUGUAACACAGAUAAAGAUGAAAAAAAAUUAAAAGCUUGUGAAUUAUUCUCAUAUUCAGUUGGAAGCCCUGCUCUCACCUCUAAAAUACCUUUAAGUUUUUUGAUGAAUGCUGGUAUCAUGGUUAUCCCCACCCACCGGUUUCCCCCCAACCAAAAACGCUGAUUCCCCUCGGUCCCCUAGGUUGAUGAAAUAUUUGAGUUAUAACCUAAAUUUCAAACAUCAGUUAUUGGGCAAUUAUGGAUCACAACCGCCUAAAAAUUCUUUCUGAUAUGAAAACAGUAUUUUAAGAAAUUUAUGAAAGUGGUUUGAGAUCAUUAUAGCUAACAUGGCUAAUGUAAAUUAGAACGUAACUUUAUUUAGUAGCAAAUUUUUAUCAUAAUUUUUUCUUUUGUGCAAAAAUUUAUACAUAUUUUAUAUAUUCAAAACCCUUUUAAAAAUAUAAAUAAAUAAAAAGAAACAAUACUUAAAAUUUAACCUUUAUUUUGUGUUUGGAAAUAAUCGGAGGUUACUUAAAGAAGUAUUUAAAACAGUAUUCCACACUCAAUGAAACCAACCACACUAUAAAAACACUUACUUUUUUUAACAUAGGCUGUAUACCAAGUUUUAUAAAAUUAUCCUCAUUAUAAUACAGCGAUUUUUAAAAUUUAAAACUGAUGUGGGCAGCCAUAUUGAUUAUCGACUAUCAUCACUGUUACACAGGCAAAAAUGGCAGCAUUGGAUGUACCUGAUUGGUUGACAGCUGACUUCCUCAAGUCUUGUCUGGAAUCUGAUGAAGAAAUCUGUAAAAGUGUAGAAAUAGUAAGUCACUCGGUUGAGCGUGCUGUUUCUCCUGGUAAUAAUUACGGAAGUAAUAUGUAUCGAGUAAAAGUAAGAUAUAAGACAUCGAGUAGUGAAUAUUCAUUGCCCUUAAUCAUAAAAUCACCUUUAAGUCAGAGUGGGUCUUUUGAUGCGAAUGGAGAACUGUCAAGAGAGGUAUGCACUAUUGAGCAAAGAUAUUACAGCGAAUUCAUCAACAAGACUUACAGUUUAAUGAAACACAGUAUUGUCCCAAAACAUUACACAUCCCCAAACCCAGCUUGUGUAGUGCUAGAGGACUUGAAGGUGUUGGGAUAUGUGAUGACAAAUCGUCACAAAAUGUUGGAUUUUGACCAUUGCCAACUUUACAUCAAGGCUUCAGCAAAGUUGCAUGCUCUAUCGAUGGUUUUAUAUGAAAAGGAGCCCGAAAUAUUUGAAACUUCUCUGAAACGAAGCCAAAAAGCGGCAGAAUGUAGUAAACAAUUAACGAAAUCAAUGCUGUUGGGCAGUUUUCGCUGCAUGGCUGCCUAUGUGGAGGACAAACCAGGUUGUGAAAAGUAUUUCAAUAUUCUUAAAGAAGUAAAUGAGAAUGAGCUUUUAUAUAAGAUUUUUGAUGAAGUAAAUCGAUCACACCAACCUCUACAAGCUUUGACACAGAACGAUCCUUGGUGCGGCAACAUGAUGUUCAAGUAUGAUAGCAACGGAAAAGUAACUCACAUAAAAAUAUUUGACUUUCAAUGUGUGGAACUCACUUCUCCAGUAAAGGAAUUGAUUACAUUUUUAUGGGUCUGUGCUAAUCAAGAAGUCCGAGAAACCAAGGUUAAAGAUCUCUACAAUCUGUACUACGAGUCAUUAAAUGCCAAUUUAGCAGAGUUAAAGUACUCGAAAAGAAUGGCUUUGGAAGAUUUCAAUUCUGAAAUAGUUGCUUGGAGCCCUCUUGUGCUUUAUUGUGUUUGUAUGAAUGUCCCAGUAUGUAUAGCUGACCAUGUGGCAGACAUUAAUGACUACCUCACUGGAGAUAUUUUGAAAAAGCCUGUCAAAGAAAGUCCAGUCUAUAAGUUAUUUCAGGGGACCACAUUUAAUGAGUUUUAUCCGUUGUUUCUUCACCAAGUUGACAAAAUAGGAGUCUUUGAUUAUCUCUCGGAAAGAUUGGAACAAGAAAAAUUUAAAAUGAACAAUACAUAAACCAAUGAAACACCUCCUCAAUGCCUUACUAUAUAUUUAAGAUGACCAGAAUAUAUAAUUUUUCUAUAUAAAGUAGCAAAGUUGGCCAAACACUUGCAGUUAAGAUUUUCACUAAAAUCUUAUUUACAUUUUUUAUUUAUGGCAGUACUUUUGUUUUUUUUUUUUGUUAGGUUCUAAACUAGUGCCUCGGAAUUUAGAAGUCUUUUAUAAUGUAUUGUUGAUGGACUCAUUAAGUUAGUGGGUCUCAACACAUACGAGUUACAUGUGCCCCAUAACUCGUUGAUAGGGUCUUUCUAUAAGGUCAUCUGCAUAUUCUUUACUUGGGGUUUUUAUGGCAUGUACUUUAAAUGUACGGAACAUCCAGAACAACUAUGUAUACGAGUAUACGAGAAGAAUCUAGUAUUAAUAUCAUCUUGUUAGUAUUUCUAUCUCAGGUAUAUUUUUAUAUAAACAUAUGUGGCAAGGUUAGUAUUAUGAGUUAAAGAUUAAUUUAUAUAUUUUAUAUAUAAAUAAUAAUUAAUUUAUAUUUUCUGUAUUUCAUUUUAUCUUAAUAAUAUAAACUAUUCAAUAGUAUAUUAAUGUUUACCGUUUAGCUUCUAAUUAGCACCAGAAUAAUUUAAAUGUAAGAGUUUGUGGGAAGGGUGCAAUAUAAUUUUUAUAUUCUUUGCUUCACUUGGCAAUGUAAUUGUAACCUGUUAUGUUAUUAAUAAAUAUAUUCUAUAUUUU